AAAUUUCAAUAGGUUAAAAUUGAUCAGAUAUUUUUUAUUAAAAAAAUUUGGUGAUAGACAGUCAGCAGAUAUUCGAUUAAAAUGUUUUAUCAGAACAGCAUACACCUACCUAAUGUAUUUCCCUUCCUAAUUCGUGGUCUCUGUUUAAAAUCUAACCGACUGCACUUACUGGCUACUAGGAAUAAAAUUCCAUUAUUGCGGAAAAACGUAUCGUCAAACAUAUACUCAUGCUAUACUGAUUACUAUAGACAUAAAAUAACAUCGUUAAUGACAAUGAUGCGCUUAAGGAAAAAUGCAACAAACACAUAGGUAGGUAGUAGGUACUCGAGACCUUGUAACAUUUAAGCAUAAAAAUUCGAAUACCUGCCUCGGUUUACAUUUUCCUUAUGUGAUAGCUAUAAAUGUAAAUAAACAAUAGAAAACAUUCUUUGGAAUUAUUGGUCUAGCAUAUUGAUCAUGACUCUAUAAUUUACUUUAUUUACUUAAAACUGCGAACGAAUUAUUUGGAUUUUGUAAACGUCCUGAAAUUAUGGUAACUUCAUUAUUCAAGUUCGGUGUAGCACAGAAAGCUCAUUCAAUUUGCGUCUGUUUUAUAUGCUAAAAUUUUAAUAACGUGAAUUUCUAUUGAUACAUGAAUUUUAACGUAUGGAACGCCGUGGAGAUUUUCGUCGCCGAAGUAAUGGCCAGUGGAUUUUUCAUGUUUUUCGGUUGCAUGAGCAUAAUGACCGGAUUCACACAGAAACCACCCUCUGUGUUGGAGGCAGGGAUGGCUUUUGCUUUCAUAAUAUCUUGUAUCAUAGUGAUGUUCAUUCACAUCAGUGGAGCACAUUUGAAUCCGGCGAUAACAGCGGCGACAAUAAUGUUGGGAAUAGUUAAACCAGAAAUGGCAUUUGUCUACGUAACAGCGGACUGUUUAGGCGCCUGCUUAGGAUAUAAAUUAUUAACGAUUGUUACUCCGCACGAUAUCUUAUUCCAUGGUGUCGAUAAAUCGUUCGGAUUUUGUACAACGAUACCUAAUCCGCUUUUGAGCACAGCGCAGGCUCUAUUUAUGGAAUUUUUCUGUACCUUCUUUCUACUUUGCAUGGUUUGCGGAGCUUUUGACCCAAGGAGUAAUAGUCAACCGGACACGUUGCCGAUUAAAUUCAGUUUUGCCAUCAUUGGUAUCGUUCUUACUGCAGGUCAAUAUGGCAUCAGCAUGAAUCCAGCUAGAUCUUUAGCCCCUGCCAUAUUCAACGGUGUGUGGACCAAACACUGGAUAUAUUGGCUAGGUCCAGUUAGUGCAGGUUUCACAACUCCGGUUUUCUAUAGAAUGGUAUUUCAAAGAAAUAUGGAUAAAGGAAAAGUCGAACCGAAAUGAUCACCGCGCUAAUAAGAUAGCAAACUCCCGAAUUUGUUUCUCUUUAAUUUUUAAAAGAGAAUACGUUCGUUGGCGGUUUCGUAAUAAUUAUAUCAUGAUGAAACUUUAACCCAUGCUUGAAAUUAUUCAUAAUGUAUGUGGAAUUCUUCUUCGACUACCUACAUCGUUAUAUGGACUAGGAAGUAGCUGAUUUUGUUAAACAGUCAUGAAUAUACAUUUGAAAUGUUUCUAUUAUUAA